CAGAACUUUUAUAUGCUCUGCGCAUACUCAAUAUGCGAGGGUCUUUCUGACAAGAGCCAGGAGAUUAAAAUGAAUCAGCCGCUUGGAAAUAUUCAAUGAGUCAUAUGACGACUUCGACAAUCAUCUACUUUAACUUUGGAUUAACUUAAGAAUAGAGCGAAUCACAACAACAAUGGCGACGCAUUUCGUCACGUGAUGGACCUCUCAUUGAUCCAUUUUAUGCCAGACAGGACUGUACCUGCUCACAAUAAACCUUAGCAAAAGUACUUGCAGACUCUUCUAAUUUUACCAUACUUUAGCGUUGUACACGUUCCUGAAAAAGUCACGUGGUUUUGUUGUGGUUUGCCCUGUUCUUAAGUUGAACAAGUAGGUAGUUAACAUAUAUUUCAGAAAUGAACAAUUUGUAAUUAUCAUAAUUGAUUUAUUCGUUACGUUUUUUCGAUUAUUCUUGUACUCGAAAGAUCUUUCGAAACAGCAUUCGUUGAUCAACUUCACAAGUGUCCAUCAAAAAAUGAAUCACGAGUUGCGUUUCGCACGUUCAUUGAGUCACCAAUAGGUUAGCAUGCGCUUUACUCACAAAUUGCACCUUGAAGUUCACUCGAGUUUGGUAUCCAAGAUGGCCGCGAUGACAGAUACGUUGAGCUGUCCACUGAAUGUAGGAUACGCCUAAAUUUUCAGUCUUUCAUACUUGUUACAUGUUACUGUAACAUGAACAGAAUUACUCGGAGCACUGGUACGAAAGACGGAGGAUGCACAAGGGACAAAUGACUUUUUCAGACGCGCCUCAUACGUAUGCUACAUUUUGUGUUCAGUCUGUGUUUUCACGACGAGUAAUUCGUUCCACAGAAACAAAAACUUGCUACAAGGAAAACGAUUAAAGGUUUUAUAUCGCAUUGUUCACACGAAAUUGUGAUAUUUAUGUAUUAGAAAGAUUGAGUCGUUCUUAGAGUAAUAGAAAAAAUGGAGGCAAUUGUUGAAUAUAAUUAUGAUGCCCAAGAACCUGAUGAGUUAACUUUGAAAAGAGGAGACAUUAUUCAGGAAAUCACAGUAAUGCCAGGUGGUUGGUGGAAAGGAACUUUGAGAGAUAAACGUGGCAUGUUUCCUGAUAAUUUUGUCAAGGUUUUAGAUCCUCCAUCAAGUAAAAACACAGGAGGAAAAGUACUAAAUAAUAUAAAAUCUGAAGAAGUUUCAUUGAGGAAUGGAGGGUCUAGAAAAAAGUUUUGUAAAGUACUUUUUGAUUAUGAACCAUGUAACAAAGAUGAACUAACUUUGAUACCUGGAGACUCCAUUGAAUUUUUGGGUGAAGAGGAGAAAGGAUGGUGGAGAGGUAGACUUAAAGGCAAAACUGGAGUUUUCCCUUCGAAUUUUGUGACUCCUCCAGUUUAUGAAGAUUCCGAUAAAUACAAAGAUGAAGAUAAGAAAGAAUUGUGUAAAGUAUUGUUUUCUUAUGAAGCUGCAAGCGAAGAUGAAUUAAGUUUGACUGAAGGAGAUAUUAUAACGCUUCUAUCGAGAGAUGCUCCUGAUAAGGGUUGGUGGAUAGGAAAAUUGAAAGGAAAAGUGGGUUUAUUUCCAGACAAUUUCGUUGAAAUAGUGACCAUUGCGACAGACCAUCAAGAUCAUGAACAAAGACACGAUUCUAAAAAUGUCACAAAACUUUCUCAACCAGUCACGAAGAGUAAGAAGGCACACAUUAGGAAAAGUUUAGAUAUUGAUAAUGCACUUGCAGUAGAAACAACUAAGAAAAUCAUAUCAAGGAGGACGACUCAAGAAGAAAGUAGUGGAGAUGUAAAAACUAUAGGGGAAAAUUCAAUGGUAUCAAACUUGAAACGCCUCGUAGGUGAUGUGGAAACCAAUAGUGGUAAUGGAAGUACCAAUGCAUCUUUGGCUGAGGAGUUAGAUGGAGUAGAACGAGGAGAAGGAGUACCGCUUUUGCAUUUAACAAUUUCACGAGCCAAAGCACCUCGACGACGUCCACCUUCUUCGCAGCGUUUACUACGUCGAGUUACUGGACCAACCACUAUGACCCCAGUUAAUGAAGAUAAUGUAGCAAACGAAAAUAAAGAGACUGUGUUAGAGCAAUUACGUGAAGAGGAACCUGAAGGAUUAGCCGCAAAAGCAAGAAGAAAAGCACCAUGGGUGGAAGAAUUGAAAUUGAAUCAAUUAGAAAGAAAGAAAAUUGCAUUGAUUGAUCAACUUGACAAAUCUAACAUUAAAAAAGAUCGUAAUUUCAUAAACAUGACUGCAAUGACUUUUCUAGAAGUCAUUAAUAAGUUAGAAGCAGUAGACGAAGAGAGUAAGUCUAAAAAUAAGAAUCAGAAAUCUGAUACGUCUCCACACCUUGAACCAACUUCACCUAGUUCUGGAACCCCUGCUUAUGUUCCAUAUGCUGUGUACAAUCAGUUACUAGAAAGAGUUGCCACUUUAGAAGAAAAACAAGCAACGAUGCUACAAACAAUGGUACUGAUAUUGAAACAAUUUGUAUCUCUUCACUAUUCGGGCAACAGUCCAACAGAUCAAUAGAUGUCAACGCAUAAAUUUAGCAGUACGUUUUUUAAGCAUAGUAAUGUAAAAAUCAAUUUCUUAAAUUCAGUAACAAACAAGCUAUGUUACACUGCUUCUAAUUGUACACAUUUCACUUUUUCAGUUUAUGUUUCUUACUAUACAAAGGCCUUGGUUUCUCUUUCCAUUCCAAAUGGAAAUGUUUAGCAUAAUUAAUAAUAUAUUAUUCUCCUAUUUAUUCGCAUAGGUAAUAAUAUUUACCUAGUAUUGCUGAAAGCAGAACAUUUUAUAUGUUAUUCUUCAUAUUAGAAAGUAUUUUUUUUUUCAUUUGCAUAUGAUCUCACUGUAACUGCCUAUUUUCUUUAUUACAUUGAUAUUUUUAUCAAUGGAAUAACUAUCAAAGACAGUAAAAUUCAUUCCAACUUUUCUAUUUCCAUGAAUUAUAAUCAAAUAAUAUAUUUUUCCUUAAUGCAUAUUUGAAAUUAUUUUGUAAGUAUUAACAAUAUUUAUUGAACAACUAAUAAUAUCAUUUUCAUAUGUCUUCUUAACCUUUUCGCUAUGGGAGGACCGAUUCAUAGGUACUAUGACGAUACAGUAUUGAAAAUUAUUUAUUUAAUUAGAGGGUUUUCUUUACUUAAAUGUGUUUAAUUAAAACUUUUUAUGUUAGUAUGAAAUCAUUGCCAUUGCUACACAGUAAUAUUAUAUUUUAGCAGUGGGCUGUUUAUUUCUACACAGAGGUAGAUUCAUGGGCGGUUACUAUAGAGGACUUUAAUAGCGAAAGAGUUAAACUGUGUUAAAACUAUAAGAAUGUACUUGUACUUAAAUCGUUAUUAAUGAAAAUUAUAUAAUUUGUUUUUCUGUUAAGGAGCUGCCUCGCAAUUAAUCAUUCUUAAAUCCAUUAAAUAAUUCAAGUGCCAAUAUAUUUAAUUUUUUGACACAAUUCUAUGAUUUUAUUAUAAAACUCUUUAGUUCUAAUUAUAUAGUUAUGUUUUAAGGAAUAUUCAAGUAUAUUUAACAGGAAAUGUAAAAAUAAUUUCCUAAUUGAUUAAUGAAGUAUAUUUUUUUCUCUUCAUAAGCAACACAAACUGGUGCUACAAAAUAAAAUAGUUGUGAUGGAUUGUAUCACGGUAGUACGUCUAAAUGAGGCAGCAAACUAUAAUUAACAAUUUUUAUCCUAAUUAAAUUUAGUAACAUCGAAGCGACA